AUGGAAAAGACCUAUCGAGUUUCAAUGGUAGGAGAUGCUGCCGUUGGCAAAACAUCUCUUAUUGCAUCACUUAUGGGAAAUGAAGUAAAUGGUGAGUAUAAAGAAACAGUUGGAGCUGCUUUUCAUUCAUAUUCAGAUACAUAUGAAGGUAAAAAUGUUACAAUUCAAUUAUGGGAUACUGCCGGACAAGAAAGAUAUAGAUCCCUUGGUCAGAUGUACUAUAGAAGUACAAUUGCAGUAAUAUUAGUUUACGAUAUUACAAAUUCCGCUAGUUUUGAUAAUCUUUCUACUUGGCUUCAGUCAUUUAGGGAUGUCACAGGCCCUCGUUCAUUAGCAUUUGUCGUAGCAAAUAAAACUGAUCUUGAACCUGAAGAUCCGUCUAUUUUUGCUCGUGGUCAACAGUUUGCAAAGGAUAAUGGAUUCUUAUUCUUUAAGACUUCGGCUAAAACUGGCGAAAAUGUAAAAAUGAUGUUUAAUACGAUUCUUGAAGUUGUUGCGCAGACAAAUGCUCCAAGUAUUGUCACUUCUAAUCUUAACCCUUCAGAAAAAUCAUCAGCUGGAUGCUGCUGA